AUGAUCACUAUCAAGGCCAAGAGACAGCUACAGACGGUUUUUGUGAGCGUUUCGGAGGACUGCGACGCGGCCGAGGUGAAGACGCGGCUGGCGGAGAUGUUGAACGGGUCUGGUGGGCUGGUGUUGGAGAACAAGGCGGACCAGGUGGACGAAGUGGAGGUUCCAGUGCCGUCGUUUGAGGUGGACAGCGAUAGUGAGGCUGAAGAGCCCCAGGAGCCCAAACUGAAGGAAGGCCGUGUCCAGGUGGACGCGGAGGGACUUCGACUCGGGACGGCAGAUCUGUCCGAGCAAGAAUUACAGUUUAAAGACGGUGGAGUUGUCGCAUUCGCAUGGAAAAACGAACCGUUCAACAUUACACCGUUGGAAUCGACAUAG